UCCUCUGCCUCUUCAUAAUUUUGCACCGUACUCUCUCUCUCUCUCUCUCUCUCUAUCUGUGACUAAGUCUUCAAUCACCACCAUGGUUUCUUGCAAUGACCAGAACUUGGUGCAUAACAUCAAGAUUUCAUCGGUCGGGCCGGGACGAGUUACGGGUUCGGACGUGAUGUACGAGCCCAGUGGGAUGGACUUGGCCAUGAAGCUUCACUAUCUGAAAGGUGUCUACUUCUUCAGUAGUGAAGCAACACAAGGGAUGAACAUUAUGCGCAUCAAGGAAAGUACGUUCUACUGGUUUAAUGAGUUCUACAUGACCUGUGGACGGUUCCGGCGAUCGGACAUCACCGGCAGGCCAUACAUGAAGUGUAAUGACUGUGGUGUAAGGGUGAUCGAGGCACAGUGUGACAUGACGGUGGAUGAAUGGCUUGAAACGAAGGAUUCUUCCCUCAAUAACCUGCUUGUUUACCAUCAGCCAAUUGGUCCUGAAUUAUCCUUUUCUCCAUCUAUUUACUUACAGGUAACUAAGUUCAAAUGUGGAGGAAUGUCACUGGGCUUGAGUUGGGCCCAUGUACUUGGAGACCCAUUUUCUGCUUCUGAAUGCCUUAACAAAUGGAGCCCAUUUCUUGCUGGUCUCAAGUCCAAUGGGCCUUUGCAAAUCAGAAGAUCACCCAAAAGGCUUGAAAACUCAGAACAUGCAAAACAACCACUUUCACUGAAGCGGGUCGACCCGGUUGGUGAUCAUUGGGUAACUGCCAAUAACUGUAAAAUGGAAACAUUUUCAAUCUAUUUAACUGCCUUGCAGGUAUCUCACUUUCUCUCAAAAAUUUGGGGUCAGAAUCCUAUUGAAGAAGCUCCAUUGUUUGAGUCUCUGUGUGCCAUAAUGUGGCAAUGCAUAGCCAAAGUUAGAGAAGAGCAUGAGCCCAAAUUAGUGACAAUUUGCAAAAAGGAUCCUAAUUAUCCAAAAAGUGGGAUUUUAAGCAACACUCAGAUUAUAAGUUCUGUUGAGGCAGAUUUUUCCAUCAAAGACUCAGAUUUGAAGAAAUUGGCAAAUUUGCUAGUUGAUCGAGCAUCAGACGAGAGAAAUCAAAUCGAAAAGAUGGUAGAGAAAGAUAAUGGAUUGAUCGAUUAUAUAAUAUAUGGAGCAAAUUUGACAUUUGUUGAUUUUGAAAAGGCUAAUUUAUAUGGACUCGAAUGGAAUAAAUAUAAACCGAAAUUCGUACACUAUACUAUUCAAGGAGUCGGAGAUGAAGGUGCCGUUUUUGUGCUUCCAUGGCCGGAAGACAGUGAAAAACACAACGGGGAAGGAAGAGUUGUGACGGUGAUUUUGCCGGAAAAAGAUGUGACAAAGCUUAAAUGUGAGCUGAAAGAUAAUGGUAUAUUGCUCCAAGGUGAUCUUGAAUGAGCACGGGGUUGAUAAUGCUGAUUAAUUAAAUGAGUACGUUGUUAAUUAUUUUAAUCAAGUGGUGUGGAGUAAGGCUUGACUGCAGAUUUUGGAAUAAUGUUUUAGCACUCUUCUAUUGUACUUGAAGAUCACGUAAUCAUAAUAAUUCCCCUUCUUCUUA